UGGUAAGUGCCUGGUCUUGGCUAAAAAAAAAAACAAAAAAAGAAAGAAAGAAAAAGAGAGAGAGCUCUGUUUUGGCAAGCUUAUGGCUUCAACAGCUGCUGCUUCUUGCUCUCUGCAAAUCUUCCUCCUCCUCCUCUUCCGCCUCCUGGAAUUGGCCUGUUCAUUGGAAUGGGGAGGCGCUGAGGAGGUAAGCAUGGUGAAAGUGGGAGACUUCUCGAAGGUGGAAGAUGCUGUGAACUUUCAUUUAUACUAUGGCCAGACCUUCAAAGUCAUAAAGAAUGCUCUUGAUGCCCACAGCUACCUUCUUCUCCAGAAUAAUACAAGGAUUGCAUCAAGGACCAAAUAUUGCACAUCAAGAAUCAAAUCAUUUGUGAUUCCAUUGUCAAACUAUUCAGUUGAUACCGAUUCAUUUCCAGUUUCCUUCUUAGAGCUUCUAGGCUUGCUAGGGAGCUUGAAAGGCAUAACAUCAGACUUGGUGGCUUCUCAAUGCGUUCUAAAAUUAUACCAAGAUGGUCAAAUAGAAAUGUUCAACAAGACUGACGAAGAAAAGCUUGCACAGUUUGCAGCUCAUUUCUCUGGUGAUGCUGAUCAUCUACCAGCAUGCAAUUUUGCCACAUUUGUCCCUUUUUCAGAAGACACUCCUUUGCAGAGAGCAGAAUGGAUCAAAUUCAUGGGAGCAUAUGCAAAUGAAGAAGCUAGAGCCAAUCAAGUGUAUUCUAAGAUUAAGGAGAACUAUUUGUGCUUGGCUAACAUCACAAACAAUCGAACAUCCUUUAAACCAAUAGUAGCAUGGAUGAAGUAUUCUGAUGGCGUUUGGGCUUUUUCAAAGAACGCGUAUAAGUUGAAGUAUGUGGAAGAUGCUGGUGGAGAAAAGCUUGAUGCAAACAAGAACUCUUAUAAUGUCUCUGAUCCUGAUGAUCUGGACGAACUGCAUGCCAUCUUAUGUACUGUGGAAGUGGUGAUUGAUGAAACAUUAACUUUUGAUCCAUUCAACUAUACAGUAUCAACAUUUCUCCAAAAUUUGAAAGUUGAAGAUCAUUCUUGUUUCUCCUUUCUCACAAAUACAAGCUUAUGGAGACAUGACAAAAGGAUUCAAAAUAAUGCAACUCUGGACUGGUUCAAUGGAGGAGUCUCUCAACCUCAAUUGGUACUAGCCGAUCUUAUUGAAGUUUUAUUUCCCACUGGAAAUUACAGCACAACAUACUUUAGGAAUCUCGCAAAGGGAGAAGGACCUUCAGAUAUUGGUUCUGAAACGUGUGAGAGGGACGCUUCCAUUGCAUUGGAACCUACAAUAGUAGCCUGCGGAUGAUUGUGUUUCUGCUUCAAAGAUAGGUCUUUUUGGUUAAUACUAUUCUUUUUAAAUUUGAUUUUCAAAAUAUAGGAUAUAUACAUUUUUUUCGUUAUUGUUAUGUUUUUUGCACUUAUCACAGCAUAUACCUAAAGGCUAGAAUGUAACAUCGUUUUCCUCAAUCAGAUGACAAUAGUGAACUAUUUUCUAUCCUCCA